AUGGCGGCCGAAUUUGCUUGUUUCGUGAAAGACGUGCCGGGCUUCCCGCAUGACGUUAAGGUGACCUUUACAUCCAAACCAGACGACAACCUGCUCUGCGGCACGUGCCAAUCGAUCACGCAAAAGGGCUGCGCCGAUCCCAAGAAGCAUCUUUUCUGUAAUGAAUGUUCGCUGGUUUUCACGGAUGCCGGCGGGAACUUCACGUGUCCUACCUGCAACUGGCAGGGGAAGAGGGAACAGAUGCAGCAAAGUAACCUCGCCUGGGGAAAGGUGUCCGGACUCUAUGCGUACUGUCCUAUGGAAGACAACACGUGCCAAUACAAGGGAAACCUCAGAGAUACCAUAGCCCACUAUCAACAGUGCAGUGACCCAGACAGGGUCAGUUGUCCAUUCUGCAAAAACCGGUACUCCAAGAAAAUACUAUCUGCCCAUAUCCUGCACCACUGCCCAUCUAGGAUCGUACAAUGCCGCCACUGCCUAGUAGACAUGGAGGAUCACUUGCGUCAGAAGCACGAGAAAACCUGUGAUAGGCGACCGGCAACCUGCCAGUACUGCAAUGUUAACUUGAGGACAUUCGCUGAGAUGAGAGGCCACCAUUUUGAUCGCUGCCGACAAAUGCCAAGAAAGUGCGUGUUUGCAGAUUUUGGAUGUCAGUUUCAGGGAAUCCUGCAGAACAUUGAGCAACAUAUGGCAGGCAACAACAAUCACACGGAUGUUCUCGUAAAACGAGUCAUCGAACUCACCCGUGACGUGCAGGAGCUGCAAAAACAGUUGAGUGUUCAAUCUCUGGCAACAACAACAAUGGAGGAAAAGUUUUCUCGUCAGCUUAACGAGGUUGAAGGCAAACUCGAGUGCAUGACCAACAAUAUGGCCAUUCAUUCUGCUGCUCUUCAAGCCCAGAAAGAAGUGCAAACCACCCAGAAGGACGUCUUUGAGCGACUCUUCGAGGAAGGCGAGAAAUCUAUUCAAAGCUUUCGAGCAGAAGUUCUCGAGAAGUUUUCUGAAGUGCCGACAGAGUUCACGCACGUGUGGAAGAUACAACCGUACACCCACCUGAGGGACGCGACUGCAGCGUCAUUCACCAAGCGCCUCUCGUCGGGGAAGAUAUACACCGGCACCCCCGGCUACUGCAUCGAAUUCCUCGUCGACCUGAAUGGCGCCAUUGCCGGUUCCACCGCAACUCACGUGGGAGCCAUGUUCAAGAUCCACAGUGGAGAGUACGACGGCCUGAUGCCGUGGCCGUUCUAUAGCAGGAUCGUCCUCACACUCAAGAACCACCUCUACCCAGACAAGAACGUCCAGUUCCAGAUCGUUCCGAGGGACUCGAGUCCAGAACUACUGGAAUGCUUCGCGAGGCCACAGCCGGGCCUCUCCAGCAAAGCGUUCGGCAUCAGCAAAGUGAUCAGCACGCCCCUGCUGGAGAACGAGAGCAAGGGUUUCCUGCUGGGCAACUGCGUCGUCCUCACGUUCGCUAUCCACCCAGACCUGGACCUCUGAAGCCAGACGAUAUGUUGAGAAGCCGAGGGAGAGGAUGAGAUUAGAGCACGCGACGACGCUAAAGCGCCGAGCCCUUAUUCAAAGAAUAGUGGGGAGGCACAACGGCUUGCCCUUGUCUAUGCCCACCCCUCCAAUCAGAGCGAAGGAGGGCGUCGUCUGCUCUUCGCGCCAGGGUCUGGCGUUCGCCGUUCAAACACCAGACCUUGAUGGGGACCAGACGACGCUUUCGUACGCUCUGAUUGGAGGGAGACCGGAGAUAGAGACAGGCAGCUAGCCUUAGCGUCUACCCGCCGUUCUUUCUACCGGGGCUUCGAGCCCUGGUGUCACCACGAACUCUGACCUGCUUCUCUCCCUCGAUUCUUCUCACCGUGUAUGGUGCCUGGAACGCGUGUCCGACUGGUACCCUCACCGCGUCCUCAAAGGUGGUCCCUCGAUUGCUGCCUGAUGACCAAGCGCCAGGGUCGCGACACGCAUGACGCGCCGGCUCACGCGACUCAUUUUGUUGCCCCUUCGGGUCGACCUUUGAUCUAUGGGCGGGAUAGGAUGCUCAACAUACCAUUGGAAGCCGCUUUCUAGGGACCAUAGCCAAACGAACCAGCGCGUGCCGUAGUAAGGGAGGACACAAAAAGAAGUUUGUAGGGAAAUAACUUCUUUCGGUAGGUGUUCAGCAGUAGCGGCCUCUUGAAAUGGCAUGCCCGUCUGAGUUCUCUGCUGACCGCAGCAUCGUUUUUCACUUGACGCGAAAUGAGACGUACUAAUUAAUAAGCGAUGUUGUUUGUAGCGAUUAAUCAUUCAUUCCUUCGGUUUCCAGUUCAUGGCGUUCAGCAAUGUAUUUGAUCACUUCAGAACAAUAAAAUCGUUGAUAUCA